UCAUGGCCGUCUAAAAUUUUCAUCAUUUUUUUACCAUAUUUUUGCUGAUUUUAUAUUUUUGUUUAUUGUUUUGAAAAUAUAAAUUUCUAAAUUAUAGUUUAUCAAAAUUAUAAGUUUCCUGUAUGUAAAAAGUAAAAUUUAUUGUGCUAUAACAAACCAUAAAAUCUUCGAGUACCCAUGACCAUGCUUAAGGUUAGGUUUUAAAAUAAAAUUCAAAUUCUUCAUGCACGCUUAUAUCAUCUGUAAUUUAUUGUGAAAUUUCAACGCCAGCAUAGUUUGGUACUUAAGCUAUGGCACGAAAGGCUGCACGAAAUAAAGUAAUUCACAAAGUCACAGACAAAUCUGAGGACAAAGAAGGAAUCAAUGUUGGAGACAAAGUAGCUGACAAAGAUCCUGGUAAAGCCGAAGACAAUGUCGGCGACUUGAUUGGAGACAUAAUCAAAGACAAAGUCAAAAACAAAGUUGGUAGAAAAGUCACAGACAAAGUUGAAGAUAAAGUCGCAGACAUAGUUGGAGAUAAAAUCGUAGACGUAGUUGGAGAUAAAGUCGCAGACGUAGUUGGAGAUAAAGCCGGAGACAAAAUCAAAGAUAAAGCCAAAGACAAAAUCAAAGAUAAAACCGGAGACAAAAUCAAAGAUAAAGUCGGAGACAAAGUCGAAGAUAAAGUCGGAGACAAAGUCGAAGAUAAAGUCGGAGACAAAGUCGAAGAUAAAGCCGGAGACAAAGUCGAAGAUAAAGUCGGAGACAAAGUCGAAGACAAAGGAGGAGAUAAAGCGGAAGAAAAAGAUAAACGCGUAAAGAUAGCUGGGGAGCCUGAAGACGAUGUCCCGGCGGAGGGAGAGCCGGUGAAGAAGACGAUGAAGAGGUUCCAGUUCCCGCCCGUGCCGCGCUGGUGGCAGGCCAAGCUCAUACAAUAUGCUUUCGCGCACCCGCACGUGCGCGCGCGCCUCGAGAAGCACAUGGGCUCCCACCUGGCGCGGCUCACGGACCAGGGCUACAUGAGCGAGCUGGAGGACCGCAUCCGCCAGCUCAACGAGGAGAACCUCAACAAGAGGAUCUCCUCCAGAGUCCUCGAUGAGAUGGAGCGUCUGAAGCGGCUGAUCCUCGUGGGCAAGACGCCGCUCAAGGAGUGUCCUCCAGAACUGUUCUACCACCCGGUGUUUGUGUUCUGGAGGAUGGUGAACCGGGAGGUGGCUCGAGCCUCCAAGAAGCGAGCUGAAGCCUAUCUGAAGAAGCUGAAGGCCACGCAAAAGAUUGAACAUGCAUUUGACGAGAGCAGCGAGGGCGUCGGCGAGGAGGAGACGGCGGAGUUCCUCACGGAUGAACAGAUUUUGAAGAACUGCCAGGACGAGGUGGAGGCGCAGCGGCUGGUGGACAUCGAGAACGGGUUCCGCUUCAAUGAAGAAGAAUACGCACAACUCAAAUACGAAACCAGCGAGAUUAAAACACUCAAAAGUCUUUCCAGUGUGGAGGAUCUGUACGCACUAGCAGACAAGAUAAUCGGCUCUAAGCGUUUAGAAGUAAAGUAGAUCGUAGUUUAUUAUUUAUUAACUGGCAAUAAUUAGACUGUAAACUCAACAAAAUACGUAAUAACGGCUUUAUUAUACUUAUUUGAAAAAGCUUGUACGAUUUUAAAUUGUAACGUCUUGCUUGUCAGAACUACCAAAAACAUUGUAAAGUUGUGAAAUGUAAGUGAUAAGUGUAUUUUUUUGUAAUAAAUAGUCAUACUUUAGUAUA